AUGGCAGCAGGUGAGACUGAAACAAAACAGAACGAAGAUUUAGAAUGCUGCAUAAUGAAUUUAGAUUUUGAUGCAAAAAAAUUCACCGAAUUGGAAGAUUUGCAAAUUACUGGUAAAUUACAAGAAGUUGGCCAUAUUGUUGCUAAACAUUUGGAUAAUGAACAUUUGAUGCAGUAUAUAACACGAUUCCGGAAACAACAGAAUCGUUUAAAUGCAGCAAUGGCAGCCAUUGAAGAAAAUCAAUUGAAAAAAUUGAAAAAUUUACUUGACAGUUUGAGUUUAAUUCAUUUUGCAGUAUGCAAAGAGCGUCAUGAAAUUGUUGAAUAUCUUGCAAGUGUUUUUCCAAAAAGUAUCGAUAUUUUAGAUGCGAAUGGUCGAGCAGCAGUGCACUAUGCAGCAAUACAAAAGAAUGCAAUUUAUGAUACAUUGAUUGAUUGUGGAGCAGAUGGUUCACUUCCUGAUAGCAUUGGUGUAACAGCUGCACAAUAUCGAGAAAAUUCCAAUGCUAUGAUACCAUCACCAUUGACAUCAUCAACAAAUGCUGAUCUAAUUUUCAAACGAUAUUCGCUUAGUGAAAAUUUAUAUGAUCCUGUGAAUCAAUGGCUCGAAGAUGGUAAUGUUAAACAAUUGGAGCAAAUUUUUCUUGAUGGCCGUGGUUAUCUGUUAGCUGAUAAAAUUUCAAAUGAUAUAGCUACAAGUCAAUUUCUUAAAGGAUCAUCUAAAUAUCAAGAUAAAAUUGAUAUGAUUCAUAAGGCAGCAGAGGAAGGUGAUAUUGAACAAAUGAUUGCAUUAAUUGAUAAUGAUAAAUUUUCGGUUGCACGCGAUCGAUAUGGUAUGACACCUUUACAUAUAGCUAUAUUACAUGGACAAACAAAUACAGUUCGCUAUUUGUUAGCCAAAUAUCCAUCUUGUGUUAAUGCUACCAAUCAUACUGGUCGAACAGCAUUACAUUAUGCUUUUGCAAAUCGAGCUAAUGAAGUUAUGGUAAAUAUGCUACAAAAAGCUGGCGCUGAUGCAUUUAUUGAAGAUAAGUUUGGCCAUACAGCACUUUAUUAUCAAAAUAAUGAAAAUCAAUUAGAUGUUAAAAUGAUGAUUAAAGACAAUGAUCAAAUGAAUGAACUUCUUACAGGUCAAAUGAGUGGACCACUUUUACAAGAAUUGGAAGAGGAUAUAUCAGAAUGGAUUCAUACUAGUAAUUUGAGAAGAUUAGAUGAUUUGGUGCUAAAUGGUUAUGCUAAUUUAUUAUCCGGUCGAACAUAUGAAGUUGAUGAUCCGGAUAUACGUCGUUUCCUGGAUACAUUACCACAAUAUCAGAAUAAAAUUGAUGCAAUACAUAAAGCUAUUGAAGCAGAUAAUUUACGAACAAUUAAAAUAUUAAUAGAUCGUAAGAAGAUGGCAUUUUGUCGUGAUGCUCGACAUUUAACACCAUUACAUAAAGCGAUCGUUUUGAAUCAAAUUGAUAUUGCUAAAUUUUUAAUUAAAAAUUAUCCACAAGUAACAAAUGCAUUAGAUGAGAAUAAACGAACGCCACUUCAUUAUGCAGCUGCUUUAUCUGAUGGUGGUUAUAUGUAUAAAAAAAUGCGUGAUGUUGGAGCUAAUUCAAAGAUUUGUGAUUGUAAUGGUCGAAAACCAAGUUAUUAUUUAAAUAAUCCCGAGGAAAUUGAUUUGAAAGCAAUUAACGCUGAUAGAGAAAUUAUCUUGGAUGAAAUUAUCCGUAGUCGUAUAACAACAUCUUAUUUGCAAUCAAAUAUUCGUCAAUGGCUUCAUGAUGGUAAUAUUAGUAAAUUAGAGCAAUUGGUACUUUCCGGAUGUGGUGAUUUACUUUUUGGUCAUACAACAAGUAAUUCAAAUUCAAAUAUUUUCCUCAAUCAGUUGAAUACUUAUCUGGAUGAAAUUGAUGAAAUUCAUAAAGCAAUUAAAAGAAGUGAUUUAAAACGAGUAAAAGAGUUAAUUAAUUCAAAAAAGUUAGCAAUAGCACGAAAUCGACUUGGUCAUACGCCACUUCAUACAGCAAUUAUUUAUGAACAAACUGAAAUAAUUCGUCAUAUUGUAUCAAAUUUUCCAUCUGUAUUAAAUGCUUCUGAUUAUAAUAGACGUACACCAAUGCAUUAUGCAGCAGCUACCCGUGAUGGUGGUCAUUAUGUAAAAAUUUUAAUUAAAGCUGGGGCUGAUUCAAAAGCAACAGAUAAUGAAGGUCAUACGCCACAUUAUUAUGGUCUUAACAAUGUGAUUAAUUUGGAAUUGUUAAAAGAGACUGAUAAUAACGAUGAUAAUAAUGCUAUAUCAGAGAAUUUCAUUCCUGAACAACCCCAAUUACAUACCGAUUCUGUAUUGAGUAGUGGUUCAGCAUCUGUUAUCAGUUCAUCAAAUGUAUCACCACGUGGAAGAGAGCAAAAUGAAACAGAUGAUGAGGAUAAAUUUGAAUACGAUGAAAUUGUAUCACCAACUAGCAGUAAUGCUGUUUAUUUGGCAAGAACUAUUGCACCAAUUCUUACUAAAGCACUUACUGAGACAUUGCUGCGAAGACCGAUUGAUCCGAUCGCUUUUAUCGCUAAUUGGCUCACUCAAUAUCGUGAGAAAAAUCCAUAG